AUGCAGUCAUUUUUGCAAUAUCGAAGAUUCAAAGGUGCGGUAGAAGCACAAUUGGAGCGAGAUCGUGAGCGAGCGAGAGUUGCUUCUGGACAACAUGGAUGUGAAGAGUCAGUUACGGCUGGAGGUUCCACUUCAGACAAGGAAAAGAGGGAAUUAGAAAGAGAUGUUGAAAAGGGCGACUUCGCGAGACGACCACCUGGGGGAGGUUCGCGUGAUCUGGGAGCGAAGCGCACUGAAGAUCAGGAAAGUAACAUGGAGAACGAGCAGAGGGCAGGGAGCCAAGAGCCGGCCGAACAGCCCAUGGUGCCCGAGGCGGCAGAGGAAGAAGAGGAUGAGGAAGAGGAGGACGACUUCGAGAUACAAGGCAUGAACAGGAGACUUUCGCGGAUUACGACGCAGCAGAGUGCGGGUGUUGCAUUGGGGAAUGUCUUGACCGGCAUCCAAGUUCGCAAGCGUAAUACGAUAGAAGGAGGAGCAGGACAGGUCUUUGUCGUGGGCUAUGAGGGGCCAGAUGAUCCCAACGAUCCUCACAAUUGGCCGAUGACAACGAGGAUUGCUUGCACAUUCAUGAUCGCGUCUAUUGGAUGUGUCGUGGGUCUGGCGAGUGCAAUUGACAGCAGUGCUCUGGCUCCCGCCGCGCGCGAAUUCCACGUUGCUGAAGUGGUCGAAAGCAUGGCAACUGGUCUCUACCUCGUUGGAUUUGGUCUUGGAGCCGUGUUUGCUGGUCCGAUCUCCGAGACCGUGGGUCGCAAUCCCGUCUACAUCGUCACAUUAGCCAUCUACAUGAUCUGGGUCAUGGCGUCUGCUCUGUCCCCAAACAUUGGAGCACAGCUGGUUUUUCGCUUCCUCGCAGGCUUCUUCGGUUCAACGCCCUUGACAUGCGCUGGAGGAAGCAUCAGCGACCUGUGGAGUCCUCUCGAGAGGGUAUUCGCUUUCCCAGUCUUUGCCAACGCGGCCUUUACAGGUCCUUUGCUUGGUCCGAUUAUGGGCGGAUACAUCGUUCAGUACCUUGACUGGCGGUGGGUCGACUGGAUUACUUUGAUCUUCUCAGGCCUUGUACUGGGCCUUGUCUUCUUUCUGCAGCCAGAGACCUACCCACAAGCCUUGCUGAAAUGGAAAGCUGCGCACCUUCGUGCUAUCACGGGAGACGACCGAUAUCGAGCAGCGAUCGAGAUUCGUCAAGAGACUUUCCUGCAUCGCUUGAAACGUGCUCUGUAUCGCCCCUUCCUCCUCACAGCCCAAGAACCAAUUAUCAUCCUCCUGACUUUAUACCUGUCCGUCAUUUACAUCAUCCUCUUCACCUUUCUGGAUGGUUAUCCAUACAUUUUCCAGCAAACCUACGGUAUCUCGGAAGGCUUGACGGGAAUAUGCUUUGUUGGAAUCAUCAUCGGCCUUUUCGGUGCUUCUGCUCUGGUACCUCUUAUCUACAAAUGGGCAAAACGCGACCUACAAAAGAUCCAAGAAGCAGGCGGCGACCGACUGCCACCCGAGUUCCGCCUCUGGUUCAGCAUGCUAGGAGGCUCCAUCAGCAUCCCCGUCUCCCUCUUCUGGAUGGGAUGGACCGCCCAACCACAAAUCAGCAUCUGGUCGCCUCUGGCCGCAUCCGUGCUCUUCGGCUACGGAAUCCUCUGCGUCUUCAUCACUUGUUAUCAAUACAUCAUCGACUGCUACGAAACCUUUGCCGCCUCGGCACUGGCUUCUCUCACCUUGAUCCGAUAUCUCGCGGCUGGCGGGAUGGCGAUCGUCGGAGUACCGUUCUACGAAAACAUGGGCGUGCAGUAUACGCUCACCAUUUUGGCUUGUAUUUCAGUGCCGCUGGUUCCGGUACCGUAUGUCUUUUACCGAUAUGGACCGUGGAUCCGAAGCAAGAGUAAGUAUGCGAUCAGAACUACGACAGGAAAGGAAUGA